AUGUGUGCAGCCAGUGAGCAGAGACACCACUCUGACAGCAGGCAUGAGCUCCGGGUGCUGUUUCUGGCUAUUGAGGAGGCCCACAAAGCAGACAUCCGGGCCUACAGCUCGGGACAUCUGAAUCCUUACUGGCUCUCCCAGAGAGACAACAUCAGGAAGAUGAAGGAUCCCAUCUGGCGGGGUGCUGUCAACCCGCGUGAUAGAUGUGAUCUCUUACCACAGCGUAGCCAAACGGAGGCCAGGGUAGAGAGGACGAAAAACACUCUGUUCAAAGGCACUGAUUCUACUGCUGAGGCCACAGCCCACUCCCCCUACUCUGAGGCAGCGGAGAAAACCCCCCGUCCGUUUCUGGACCCGACUGAGCUCUUCCUGCUCAAACCAAGCACCGCACGGCAGACUGAGUCAACUGUUACCAGGGGAGACCCAGACCGAUACUGGUUCACAAGGUCUUAUAUGGCGGGCCUGACCCGGAAAGACCAGCUCCAAAUGAGGCUGGAGUUCGCUCACUCUAUCCUUAAGACUCAGGACCUGAAGGAGAAAAAGUGCCUGAGCAGGAGCAAGGCCAUAGAGCAGUACGAGAGGCGACUGGAACAGGGACUGAGAAAGCUGCCUGUUGAGAAUUGGCCCAGCAGAGAGCGACUGCGUAUCUUCAGCAACACCUUUGAUGACAUCUGCAAUGGGUCACAAGUGUUCGGCGAUAUUCUGAGGCAAAUAAAGAUGGAGUAUGAUCUGUACCUGAAUUCAGUCCUUGAUUCACAGUCAGGUCUACAGAACAUGGUACGUUCUUCCUCUUUCACUCUUUAUAAGGAUUCAUGCAGAUUCCAUACUCAUACUCCAGCCUUGAGAUCCAGGAGCAGUUACAUCCAAUCAAACACUUUCUUUCCAUUUUAUUUUAUAACUGAAUCACCUUCUGCAUUGUUGAAGGCAGAGUUUUUGACAUUCUUUCUCCUCUGUGUGAAGGCCCUUCCUCUUCGGGGGCAGUGGAGUGGGGUAGUUGGGGAAGGAGACCUGGAAAAAGCCUGGAUCAAGGUGUGGAAGCUGGAGAGGGAAGCCAGGAGAGCCUUGGAGGAGAAUGAUCAAGUCAGGCUAGAGCUGCGGAGGGAACGGGAUCAUGGACCAGAAGGAAAAGGGCUCCGGGAGGAAGCUGUUCUCCCGGGUCUGAACCAGGGAGCGGGUCCAGCCUCCCUCAUCGACUGGGUUCAGCUAAAGAAGUGCCAGGUUUGGAACAUGCUGGAGGAGGUCCGGCUUCUGGAAAAAACGAUCAAAGAAGAGAUGGUUUCCACAGUUACCACCAGCACCAUGGAGGAAUGCAUCAGAGACUCAGAGGCUGAGAUAGUAACAUUGUCAGCCUCCAGUGCACGUCUCUGUGAUGUGAACAAGAACUUGGAGAACAGUAUCUCCAAACUCCUGAGCAGAGCAAAAACCAGCAACGAGGAGAGAGUGGAAUUCUGGGAGAAGAUAUGGUACACGAUGAAACAGGAAGACGGAGACAAUUCUUAACCAGUAACAUGUUUUCCUCA